AUGAGAACAAGGGUGCCAUUAUUCAAUCACACAUCCGGUCACUCUUCGACACACCAAGGGUACAUACUGCUUCUCACACAGAGCUACAAAAUCUUCAUCGUCAUUUCGAAUGUCAACGCACUAAGGGCUGCAACGCAACCAGUUGAGUCAUGGGAUGUGUGGUUAGUAACAUUGAUCUGUAGUCGCAUCGACAGCGCCACAGUGGCCGAGUGGCAGCUACACUAUAAUAAAAAGGACUUGCCAUCCUUUACUGAAAUCAAAUCGUUCUUGUUUAACAGAAUCGCUGCUUAUGAAGCUGGUGAAAUGAACAGCCACAAGGUUGGUUCCUAUCCAGUGCCUGUAAGUUUGAUCCCAUCAUUGUUCAACAAACAGAAACUUUUUAAAUUUAACGACAAGAAAAUUCUGUUUGCCAAAUAUAACGAAAGCAAACCUAAGUGUGUCUCAUGUAACUCUGAGAAUUACUUAUUUCAAUGUAUGAAGUUUAAAAAUUUGUCAGUUGAGGAUUGCAGAGAUGUUGUAUUCAAGAAUCGGUGUUGUUUCAACUGCUUGCGAUCUGAUCACCAAGUGCGUCAAUGCAGAUCGUCAUCAUGCACCCAAAGUGGAAAAAGACACAACACUUUGUUGCACGUCAUCUAUGAUGAUCAGGAGGCAGAUCAACGUAAUGACGAUAACCAGUCAGUUCAGGGUUCAAGUAGUGCGCCACCCAAUGUAGUCGGUUGUGGUAUGGUUGAAUUGGCUACAGCUGUGGUUUAUGUGAAUGACGCAGCAGAUAACGUGAUGCGUUGCAGGGUAGUACUUGACUCAGGAUCACAGUUGUGUUUCAUCACUAACAUACUGGCUCGACGCCUCGGGUUACAGAUAGUCAACAAUACGGUACCUAUUACCGGUGUCGGGCAGUCAAAAUCAUCUACCAGCAAAUUUUGUAUGGGUACAGUGCAAUCUCAGUUUGUCCAGACACAGUUCCAGGUGCAACUUCAUGUGUUACCUACUAUCACCGGCGACCUUCCAACACAGGGGUUUGACACAAAUCAAUUAAACAUCCCUCGUGAAAUACAAUCAAGCCCAGCUGAUCCUGAGUACAGCAAACCUGGGUCUAUCGACAUGUUACUUGGUGCUGAAAUAUUUUUUGAUAUUUUAAGACAAGAUAAACACAUAGUGUCGGAGCAUGCUGCCUUCCAGGACACUGUGUUCGGUUGGAUUUUGGUGGGUAAAGUACUCACCCAACCGUCUUUGGUAUCACUGGUACGUCCGGUCAUAAAUCAAUGCUCUGCAUUAUCGUUAUUCACAUCGACAGUGUCUAGACGGUUAUGCAAAGAGGAAGGAGCCGUGGAACAGCAUUUCACACAAACCUCUCGUAGAAAUGAAAGAGAACAAUUUGUGGUCUGA